AUGUAUCAAAUUGGCAACAUUUACGGCAUCACCGCCAUUGCUGUUAUUGGCGGGGGGCUGUUUGGCUUCGACAUUAGCUCUAUGAGCGCAAUCCUGCCAACUCAACAGUACCGAUGUUACUUCAACCAAGGUCCUUCAGGCCCGCCUUUCACCGGCCCUGAAGAGAAAUGUUCUGGCCCUACUGCUGAUGUUCAGGGUGGUAUAACAGCAGCCAUGCCAGGUGGCUCUUUCGUGGGCGCGCUCGUAUCCGGCUACCUCACAGACAAGCUUGGCCGUAAAAAGGCUAUCCAGAUUGGCUGUCUGAUCUGGAUCAUCGGCUCUAUCAUCUCUUGCGCAGCACAGAAUAUCGGGAUGCUAAUCGGUGGCCGUUUCAUCAAUGGUCUUUCUGUCGGCAUCUGCUCGGCUCAGGUCCCAGUCUACAUCUCCGAACUUGCACCACCUUCACGACGUGGCCGUGUCGUCGGAUCACAGCAAUGGGCAAUCACAUGGGGCAUCCUAAUCAUGUAUUACAUCUCAUAUGGAUGUAGUUUCUUGGAUGGUCCCCAGGCAUUCCGUGUACCAUGGGCACUUCAAAUGAUCCCCGCUCUGAUACUCGGUUUGGGCCUCGUGUUCCUGCCAGAGAGUCCCAGAUGGCUUGCCAAACAUGACCGAUGGGAAGAGACUCAAGCUGUUUUAACCCUAGUUCACGGUAAAGGCGACCCGAACAGCCCGUUCAUCAAGCUAGAGAUGGACGAAAUCCGCCAGAUGAUCGAGUUCGACCGACAAAACUCCGACGUAUCCUGGGCCGAACUUUUCAAGCCAAAGAUGCUUAAUCGCCUCCACAUCGGUAUAUUCACACAAAUUUGGUCGCAAUUGACAGGAAUGAACGUGAUGAUGUACUACAUAACUUUUUGCUUCGGGAUGGCAGGUCUCAGCGGGAAUAUAAAUCUCAUCGCCAGCUCGAUUCAGUAUGUAAUUAACGUUCUGAUGACGGUUCCGGCUUUGCUUUUUAUGGACCGCUGGGGUCGUCGCCCUAUGUUUGUAUUUGGAGCCGUUCUCAUGUCGGCUUGGAUGUUCGCAAAUGCAGGUCUUAUGGCGACGUACGGAGAACCAGCGCCACCGGGAGGUGUCGACGGAAUCGCGGAGCAAUCUUGGAAAAUCAGUGGAUCCCCUGCUUGGGCUGUGAUUGCUUGCACGUAUCUCUUCGUGGCAUCGUAUGCACCAACUUGGGGUCCAGCGUCCUGGGUGUAUCCUCCGGAAAUCUUCCCGCUGCGCAUCCGCGGCAAGGCUGUUGCGCUUGCGACAUCGAGCAACUGGAUCUUCAACUUCGCCCUCUCCUAUUUUGUACCGCCAGCGUUCGUCAACAUACAGUGGAAAGUUUACCUGAUUUUCGGCGUUUUCUGUGCGACAAUGGCAAUUCACACGUUUUUCCUCUUCCCAGAGACUGCCGGGAAGACGCUUGAGGACGUGGAGGAGAUGUUCAUGACUGGUGUGCCGGCAUGGAAGACCAAGGUUGAAUACAGCAGUACCCGCCGUGCUGAGCGCGGUGAGCUCGACUCAGAGAAGAAGGCCGGUCUUGAGCAUAGCCCAGUGAGAGUCGAGAAUGCGGACGUCAAAGCAUGA